AGUCGCUCCAGCAGAGAUGUUGCUGCUGGCCGCCGCCGGCCUCGUGGCCUUCGUGCUGCUCCUCUACAUGGUGUCGCCGCUCAUCAGCCCCAAGCCCCUCGCGCUGCCCGGCGCGCACGUAGUGGUCACGGGAGGUUCCAGUGGCAUUGGAAAGUGUGUUGCUAUUGAGUGCUACAAACAAGGAGCGUUUAUAACUCUGGUUGCACGAAAUGAGGACAAGCUACUGCAGGCGAAGAAAGAAAUUGAAAAGCACUCUAUUAACGAUAAACAGGUGGUGCUGUGUAUCUCAGUUGAUGUGUCUCAAGACUAUAACCAAGUAGAGAACGUCAUAAAGCAGGCACAGGAGAAGCUGGGUCCUGUGGACAUGCUGGUCAACUGUGCAGGCACCUCUCUGACAGGAAAGUUUGAAGAACUUGAAGUUAGUAGUUUUGAGAAAUUAAUGAGCAUAAAUUACCUGGGCAGUGUGUACCCCAGCAGGGCAGUCAUCACCACCAUGAAGGAGCGCCGGGUGGGCAGGAUUGUGUUCGUGUCCUCUCAGGCAGGACAGCUCGGGCUGUUCGGUUUCACGGCCUACUCUUCGUCCAAGUUUGCCCUAAGAGGAUUGGCGGAAGCUCUGCAGAUGGAGGUGAAGCCUUAUAAUGUGUACGUCACUGUGGCCUACCCACCAGACACCGACACCCCGGGGCUGGCUGAGGAAAACAAAACGAAGCCCCUUGAAACCCGGCUUAUCUCAGAGACCACAGCUGUUUGCAAACCAGAGCAGGUGGCCAAACAAAUUGUCAAAGAUGCCAUACAAGGGAAUUUUAAUAGUUCUAUUGGCUCAGAUGGGUACAUGCUGUCCUCCGUGACCUGCGGGAUGGCUCCGGUGACUUCCAUCACUGAAGGACUCCAGCAGGUGGUCACCAUGGGCCUUUUCCGAACAAUUGCUUUGUUUUACCUUGGAAGUUUUGACAAUAUAGUUCGCCGCUGCAUGGUGCAGAAAGCAAAACCUGAAGUUGUAGACAAAACUGCCUAAUUCUUGCCCCUUGGACGAAAGACUGAAUCCGGUGAUCUGAACAGUGUGCUGCUAAAGGAACCCAAGUGUUGGCCUCCAGA